UAUUUUUGUUGUUGUUUGUUUUUUGUUUCUACACAAAAACAAAGAACUAUAUUGAGAACAUGCAUCUUAGGUCAUACAAAUGCCUACUAAACCAGUUAAAACCAUGUGAAAUGGUCAUUUUAUUUUGUUUUAAUUCAUCAUGGCAUGACUUUGCAGAGAAAUUGCAAAAGGCAGUCUUCCUUCAGUGGAAGGAUAAGAUGAUGUGGUUUAAAAAUGCCAUGUGGCUGCUUUCCUCCUCCACUUUCAUGGCAUGUAUGGUUUUUUUUUCUGGACUAUGAUGAGCAAACCUGGAUGCAGCUGGAGAAGCUUCAGCUUAAGUGGUUAUUGUUGGCAUUACUGUGAUUCUUAUAGGAGGUGCGCUGAUUUGGUGAGUAAAUUUACUUUUUCUGCCUUCUUGCAGUGUCAGGUUUAUAAACUUGCUAGCCAGUGUUAGCCUAGCCUUGUAGCAUGCCGCCGCCUCUUGGCUUCUGUUGGUUAAAAAAACAUAAACCCUGCAGCUUUGACUUUUUCGUUUACAUUUCUCUCAGUGAAACUAACUGUUGUUGAUUCGAAAUUGGAAAAGUGAGCUUAUAAAUCAUUAGAUAAGAGACGAGACGUUUUCGCAGCUCUUAGCAGCGUUGUCAUGUUUUCACCUCACACAAACUGUUAGGUGGCAAAAGCACAAUAAUUUACAAGCAUGUAUUCGAACUCCUGCAUUUGUUUUAAUGCUUUAUGGCUACAUCUGCGGCAUCUGUGAAUGUCAAAUCUAGCCAUUCUUUAUCAACAUAAACAAACUGCUUUUACAUUUAACUAGCAACAUUUCUGCUUAGUUACAUUUUUUAAAAAGUAGUCUUAAUACCAUUACUUUUUACUAAAAACUGUAUUCGUAUACAAGUUUUGUUGUGAAAGUCAAAUUUAAGACAUCCAGAAACAUUUUGGGGUAGCCUGUGUUAGAUAUAAACACAGCCACAAGUUUUAUCUGGUCAUCUUGCUUAUUAGAAACUGUAACAAGAAACUUUAACAAGUAACAACUUUAACAACAUUAAGUUCUAUGUUGUAAACAACAGAACUUUAUGUUGUAAGUUAUCUAUGGUUGCACAGCCAUUAGGCAUCUAAUCUGCUUCUGAAUAAUUUGCUGGUUUUUAUUCUUGUUUUCUUUCUUUCUUUUUUCUUUUUACUUUGUCAGAGAUUUCUCAGAGAGUUUGCAGAAUUGUCGUUAGACUGAAAGAGUUUAGUGAUUGCCCACAUUACACUGAACUCUUGCAAGUCUAGAAAAGGAGCUGUUGGACAGACAUCAGUUGAGUGUCCUCAGAUAUGACUGCAUUAUGCUGUUGUCCUCAGACGCAUUAAAGCAGGACUUUGUGUACAUUUCAAGACAUGCUGUAACGCAAGGAGAGAUGAGUCCUCCGUCACAGAUGGUGUGGUCAGUGAAGAUGGUCACCUGCAUCUUCAAGGAGCUGAAGGAGAAGAAACAGACUGAAGAGACAGAGAAUGGAGAAGACUCUGCUGCCAAUGGCAAAAAUGAAAAGGAAAAUGGUGAGGAAGACAAUGAGGUAGAGGAGGAUGAGGAGGAUGUGGGCGACGAAGAGGAGGAGGAUAGAGAAGGUGACGAGGAGGACGAUGAAGAAGAUGACAUUGAUGGACCGAGGGGGAAGAGAGCAGCUGAUGACGAUGAUGACGACGAUGAUGAGGUUGAAAGCAAGAAGCAGAAGACAGAUCAGUAGUGUCUGCAGCGCCCACUCUGCACGGAGGACGACACUGUUGAAAGACAGCCAGCAAACCUUCUACACCUCAGUCCUCCUUUCGUAACAAAAAUGUGUUUAAAAAGAAAAUUUGUUUGUAUUUUUAUUUACAUUUUAUAUUUUUGUAAAUAUUGUAAGGAGUUUGGCCAUUUUGCAAAAGUGGGUAUACAGUGGUGCUCUGAAGACUUUUAGAUCCACGUUCAACAUCAACCAUCCAUACUCGGUCUCGACCAACAACCAGCCUGUCAUUCCAACAGCGCACACACACACACACACGUACUGCAACUACCUUUUUUCUGUUUUUCUAAGACGUAUAGGAUGCUAGAAGUUGUGUGUUGACCUGUAGUUGCAUGGGAGUGUUAAAAUAACUCGGCUCUUCCCCCAGUGCUGGGGAUAUAUUAGUGGUAGUUACUAUGAGAUUCCAAAGUCGUAGUUUCUCUUGUCCAUGUGUCUCUAUCUGUGUGUCUGUCAUGGCCAGAUUAUCAUUUUUUUUAAAUGUCUGUGCAA